UGUAUUAUCAUUGCUAUUCGGGAUGCUUGGGACGUCCGAACGCUGACGUUACACCAUUAAAGUUUACAUUUUAAAUGGUUAUGAUACUUCUUUUUAAAGAUCAAUGUUAAGAAAUCAUGUCAGUACAAUUUCUGGUAAAGGACACCGAUAAUUUGCUGUUUUUGACGUCCAACUCAUCCUUCUUACAGUCAUUGCAUUAAAAAUACAUCUAAACCCUGUGACGGUUUCGUAUGGCCUGUCUGAUCUUGGCAGCGUGAUAAAGUUCGAUAUUAAACAGCAGCAGGUCAGAGCAGCUGGGAUCAAAUCCUAUUUUCCUACAGCAGCAUCAGUGUGACAGUACAAGUACAAGUAUGAGUCAGGCAAGGACAAUGAGUUUGGAAGAGCAAAUCAGGAGCCUCUCACCAGUUGCAGCACAUGCCCUGGCAAUUGCUGAAAUUACAGAUGACAUUGACAUUCAAGAGUUAACAAGAGCAGAUCUGAACGAACUUCUGCCAGGCCUUCAACAUUUAAAACUUAGAAAGAAGAUCAGUGAACUUAUAAAUACAUCUAAACAGAACACAGCUAAACCUAUUACUUUAGUUCUUAACAAGCUAAGGGAAUUCCUUCCGGUUGAUGUCAUGGAGAAUGCACUUGUUCCCGGGGGAGUGUUACAUGGCUACUUCCCUAUUCUUAGAGAUUUGGAGAAGCAGCUGGCCGAAGUCCUCUACUUCAUUCAGGCACACGUUGGUUUGCUCGAGAGCUACAUUGGAGAAGAGUCCAUGGAGGCUCAGAGCAGUGCUGCAUCUCCAUCAGUUGACUCUGCUACAGCAGGAAACCAGCCACCAAAUGUUGAGGUCCAGAAAACAUCUGUUAAUCGCACCUCAGGAUCAUCAGCCUUAUGUGCCGCUGACAGCCAGCCCAAACAAUGCAGAACAGAAGUGUCUGGUGCGCCGAACAGACCCACCUUCAAAGAAACUCAAGAUGAGACCUCAAUGUCACACUCUCAUACUUCCGGAGCAGCUGGUGCUGACACCCAUUUUCAAAAAAGUAUAACGGAUCCUUCUCAAAUUUCCACUGGUCGUGGGCUGCCCGAGCCACGAUGCAAACAAGAUGAAUCAAGGUCUGCAGACCAUCUAGGAGCAGGAGAUAAGAUGUCCUCAUCUUGGUGGCAUUUUAGAACUGAACCUCUAAAUAAGAAACAAGCAGUUAAAGUCCAUUCACAAGUAUGUGGAAAAACCCUGAACGCUCACCUUGCACUCAUGAAACAAGUGGAUGGUCUGGCAGUAGGACUAAAGCGAGAGGAGACCAGACCAGAAGACUGCCAAGUCAUAAUAGCCUUCUGUCCUAUUACAUCUCGUGUGGGAACAGACAUUGAUGCCGCCAUGAGCAAUGUUAAAAGUAACAAAGAUGUCAUUCUAGUGGUGAUGCACCAUACUUUUGAUCACUGCUUCGUCACAAGCCAGAGAUCUGCAUCUCACUACAUAAACGUAGUGGAGGAAGUUCAUGUUCUCUUCCAUGACUCUAGGGGACUUCUGCCUUGUGAAACAAAUGAUAAAGCAGUGACUCUCAUACACAAGGCCUUACAGAAAUACAGCAGCACUACUUACAAACGUUAAGUGUCCCCUGGUGGCAACAAAGUAGUGUCUGAAGUUUAACACGCAAACAUGAUUUAAAAACCUCAUUCUACCAUUCAAGGCGUUGGUCAUUCAUUCUAGUUCAGAAUAAAGCAUGUCAAUCUGUGUAGUCAACCAAAUGAAUGACUGUUGAUACUCAAGCAGGACUAAAUUAGAUGUCUCACUGUAGAACAGCUGGUGUACGAGAAUCUUUGCAGUGGCUGACCUCCAGGCAUGCCCUCUUAACACUACCAAUCAUGCGGGAUGCCUCGUGUGAAUUUCAGCUUUUCCUUCUUUUGGUAUUAGAAGCAUGUAAUGUUGUUGGAUGUACUUUUAACAAAUGCUUGUCUAUGUCACUACUCAAAUCACAAGAGAUUGAAAAGUUGUAACUACAGUAUCAUUAUAUGAUAUUUAUUUUGCUUACAGAUGUCCUAAUCUAUGAAAAUAAUUCAGAACAAGUAAGAAAGUGUUACAUGAAAUAUUGAAUAACUUAGUAAGAAUGACAUUGUGUUUUUUUCCCCCCAAACUGUGAUCAACAGUAUAUUCAGAUCCCUUGACUUUUUCCACAUUUUGUUACAGCCUUAUUCUAAAAUGGAUUAAUCUACACAAUACAAAAAAUGUAUUCAAUAAUGGAUUAUAUCACAUUUACAUAAGUACUCAGACCCUUUCCUCAGUACUUUGUUGAAGCACCUUUGGCAGCAAUUACAGCCGAGUCUUCUUGGGUAUGUAUGACGCCACAAGCUUGGCACACCUGUAUUUGGGGAGUUUCUCCCAUUCUUCUCUGCAGAUCCUCACUCUCUGGUUGGAUGACGAACGUUGCGGCACAGCUAUUUUCAGGUCUUUCCAGAGAUGUUAGAUUGGAUUCAAGUCUUGGCUCUGGCUGGGCCACUCAGGACAUUCAGAGACUUGUCCCAAAGCCACUCCUGUGUUUUUUUUUAUUUUUUACCUUUAUUUAACCAGGCAAGUCAGUUAACACAUUCUUAUUUUCAAUGACGGCCUGGGAACAGUGGGUUAACUGCCUGUUCAGGGGCAGAACGACAUUUUGUACCUUGUCAGCUCGGGGGUUUGAACUCACAACCUUGCGGUUACUAGUCCGACGCUCUAACCACUAGGCUACGCUGCCGCGUGUUGUCUUGGCUGUGCUCUUAGAGUUGUUGUCCUUUUGGAAGGUUUGCCACAGUCAGGCCCUGAGCACUCUGGAGCAGGUUUUCAUCAAGGAUCUCUCUGUACUUUGCUCUGUUCAUCUUUCCCUCGAUCCUGACUAGUCUCCCAGUCCCUGCCACUGAAAAACAUCCCCACAGCAUGAUGCUGCCACCACCAUGCUUCACUUUAGGGAUGGUGCCAGGUUUCUUCCAGAUGUGAUGCUUAGCAUUCAGGCCAAAGUGUUCACUCUUGGUUUCUACAGACCAGAGAAUCUUGUUUCUUAUGGUCAGAGUCCUUUAGGUGCCUUUUGGCAAACCUCAAGCAGGCUCUCAUGUGGGCUGCCUUUUACUGAGGAGUGGCUUCCAUCUGGCCACUCUACCAUAAAGGCCUGAUUGGUGGAGUGCUGCCGAAAUGGUUGUCCUUCUGGAAGGUUUUCCACCUCCACAGAGAAACUCUGGAGCUCUGUCAGUGAAAAAUCGGUUCUUGGUCACCUCCCUGACCAAGGCCCUUCUCUCCCGAUUGCUCAGUUUGGCCGGGUGGCUCUAGGGUCUUGGUGGUUCCAAACGUCUUCCAUUUAUGAGUGUUGGAGACCACUGUGUUCUUGGGGACCGUUAGUGCUGCAGACAUUUUUCGAUACCCUUCCCCAGAUCUGUGCCUUGACACAAUUCUGCCUCAGAGCGCUACAGAGAAUUCUUUUGACCUCAUUGUCUUGGCUUUUUGUCAUGCACUGUCAACUGUGGGACCUUUUUAUAUAGACAGAUGCCUUCCCAAAUCAUGUCCAAUCAAUUACAUUUACCACAGGUGGACUCAAGUUGUAGAAACAUCAAGGAUGAUCAAUGGAAACAGGAUGCACCAGAGCUCAAUUUCAAGUCUCAUAGCAAUGGGUCUGAAUACUUAUGUAAAUAAUGUUUUUUAUUUUUAAUACAUUUGCAAAAAAAUUCAACCACCUGUUUUCGCUUUGUCAUUAUGGGAGAUUUUGAAAUGUUUUAUUUAAUCCAUUUUAAAAAGUCAAGUGGAUGAAUACUUUCCCAAUGAAUCAUUCAUUUGUGUUUCAUGAGGAAUUUCUCUGUAGAUUGACUUAAAGCUAAAUAAAAUGUAAGUUGCU